AUGGCCCUUGGCCGGAUCGGUCAUGAUGGCCCUAGCGCUACAUCUUCACCCAUGUUGCCCUCCGAUGGAAACCAGCAGCAGCAGCAACAGCAGCGGCAACAAAAGCGAACAUUCUACCACGAUUCUCCAGAACUACAGCCCUCGUCUUCGUUCGACCCCUUUUUCUCCCAGGUGCGGUUAAAUAGCCUUCGUCCGGACGAGGACGAGGACGAUGGAGACAGCCUUCGACGGCCCUCCGUAGCCUCAGCGACCACCGUCGGUAGCCAAGGCUCUCGCUCCCGCGGAGGGCGAUUCCAUAAGCGCCUCCAGGGCAUCUUUGGUGACGAAUUUGAACAGCAGGACCUUUCCUUUCCUACGACCCUGAGAUCGUCUAGUCGACUGUCAAGCUCGAGGCCACGGACGGGUUCUGCGGGCAGAGCGCGGAAGGGAUCCACACACUCACUAAGCCUCGAUCGAACUGCUUCCCCUGAUCCCGCUCGCCCGCGAACUCCCAUACCUUCAAGCGAAGUAACUCCCUGGGAGUACCAGAACUUCAGAGAUAUCCCGAACCUGGGUGAAGCCCCUGUCAGGCAAGCUCCUACCACGGACCCCUCUGAGUAUCAGCCGCCGACUCCCGCGCCGAAGGUUCGUCCGACUCAUCGUCUUCAUCUCACCGGCCACCGCUACACCCAGAGCAAGGAAGACCCGCCUAAUACUGCCAAUAUCAGCUCUCCGCUACCGCCGCGACCUGCUUCAGGUCGUGAUGAAAUCCCGCCUCUUAUGCGACAGUCGAGAGAGCACGGCCUGCAGGCCCCAACUCCAAUGAGUUCCUCUACCACGCUCGGCGGUCGUUCCGCUAGCCCUACACCUAGCACACGGAGUGUCAACCCUAGAGAUGCGCGCGAUCAGUCCUCAAAUCCCUCUGCGCCAAAAAGGUCUCUAUUUGACCGCAUCCGCCGUCCUAAGGGGGGAUCUAACUCGCUCAAGAACUUACCUCCAUCCUCAAAGUCUGUUCAAGAUAUGAGUAAGGCUGCCAGUUAUUUCACUUCCGAGCCAGGUUCCGUCCUCCGCGGUAGGAAAGGUAGCUCAGAGUCGACUUCGCGAGAGCACAAUGAAUCCGAUCGCAAGAAAGAAGGCACUACUAGCAAGGCACUGUCUGCAAUAGGGCCUAGUCGGCUUAGACAUGGUCGCCGGUUUUUGGAUGGGAAAAAUGUAAAGGAUCGCCGGAAUAACGUUGAUAACAAUCAAGUUUUCCUCGAUACCAAUCUGGGUGACAUGUCGGGUAUAGUGACACAGCCGGAUGCCAUAUCUCCAACUGACACAAGCCUUAUAUUUGGAGGUACAAAACCAUUCACUGGCAAUGGUGAGGUUCUAACUCCACUGGACCUCAUUGGUACUGAUGAUUGGCAUCCUCCCGAUAGCUGGCAAGUCAAAAGGCCAACGGAGGAUACUGGCACACGCAUGUCUAGUGUGGCUGACCCUGGCCCCGAGAAGGACGUCGAUGAAGAUGGCCAUCCGUUCUGUAUCCGUGUUUUCCGUAUUGACUCGACCUUCGCGACUCUAUCUGCUGGCCUAAAUACCACAGUCACCCAGCUACUGGAGAUGUUGGGACGGAAAUCUUUCUUGCAAGAGGAUCUAAACAAUUAUGAAAUUGUGAUGCGAAAAAAUGAUCUCAGCCGAACUCUCGAGCCUAACGAGCGUCCUAUCCUCAUGCAAAAACGUUUACUUCGACAAGUCGGUUACCACAUGUCCGAUCGUAUUACUGAGAUAGGACGCGAGGAUAACAGCUAUAUAUGCCGGUUCACCUUCCUCCCUACCAAACUAGGCGUUUAUUCGAAUCUUGACCCUGAACUUGGUUUCACAGAUAACCAAAAAUACAGCCAUGUUGACCUUGAAGGGAGGAGUGUGGCCACAAUACCUCUGAAACUAUACAAGAAGGCGUCCGAAAUUAUAUCCCUGAAUCUCUCGAAGAACUUGGCCCUGGAUGUCCCCAAGGAUUUCAUCCAAAGCUGCAUUAACCUGCGAGAAAUUAGAUUUACCAGUAAUGAAGCUUGGCAGCUUCCCCCGAGCCUAAGUCUCGCUUCGCGUUUGACGUACCUCGACAUAUCCAACAACCGCCUGGAAAAGCUUGAACACGCUAAUUUACACAAGUUGAAAGGCCUAGUCAGCUUGAAGAUGGCGAACAAUAAGCUCUCCAGUUUACCUGCCAACUUUUGGGAUUUCCCUUCACUAAGAAGUCUAAAUCUUUCGUCCAAUAACUUCCGUGCUCUCCCUGAAUUUUUGGGGAAUCUGAACAGUUUGGUUGACUUGGAUAUCAGUUUUAAUCAAAUCGAGGAUUUACCCACCAUUGGCCAAUUUACCUCCCUGGAACGACUGUGGGUUACGAAUAACAGUCUCAGCGGACCGCUGGUUGAGACUUUUAAGGGGCUUACCAAACUCAAGGAGGUUGAUGCACGAUUUAACAACAUCACAUCCAUCGAUAACAUGGCUUCCCUCCCCAGGCUGGAAACUCUACUCGUUGGCCAUAACGCUGUGUCAGCUUUUUCUGGUUCAUUCCCUAGGUUGAGGACCUUGGUACUUGACCAUUGCCCCGUCACUGAAUUUGAUAUCACAUCACCACUACCAACGCUCCAUUCUCUGAAUAUAGCAUCGGCUAAACUAGUCGAAUUUAGAGACUCGCUAUUCGCCAACGUCCCAAACCUAACCAAACUUAUUCUCAAUACAAACCACUUCGUUACCCUUUCACCUAACAUAGGUUCUCUCAAGAAACUGGAACAUCUCAACCUGGCCAAAAACCCCCUUUCCAUCUUACCUGCAUCAAUAGGCUGCCUGACUGAGCUCAAGAGCCUGAACCUGCGAGAAUGCAACCUUAACAGGCUUCCCGCCGAGAUAUGGUACUGUCUCAAAUUGGAGAGCCUGAAUGUCUCGUCCAAUGUCUUGGAAAUAUUCCCCAAGCCAGCUUCCUCCCCACCCCUCCCGCCGUCCGAAGCAACUAAUAAUUUAACUCCGAUGGGCACCCCGUUGCUUCGCGCUGAUAGCUACGAUGGUGUUGGUGGAAGGGGUGAAGAGUACGAUUUCCGACGACCAAGCCAUGCUUCCACCAGUCGUUUACAGGUGGGGACGCCUCCAGACUCAACUAGGAAAGGGUCAAUACCAUCGAUGAGCUCGCCCAGCGGAAGGAAAUCGUCAAAUGCAUCUCGCGUGACAGCUGAGUCAAGGAAGGAUUCCACGUUCUCGCAACGAAUAAACACUACAUUUGUCAGCUCGCUGAGGCAGCUUUAUCUAGCUGACAAUCGGCUUGAAGACGACAUCUUCCAUCAAAUCGCACUACUCACCGAGUUGAGAGUGCUGAAUUUGUCCUACAACAGCUUAACAGACUUGCCCCCAGGAUUUAUCCGGCGAUUGCAGUACCUUUCUGAGCUAUAUCUAUCUGGAAAUGAGUUGAGUUCUCUUCCUUCUGACGAUUUGGAGGAGUCAAGCCAUCUAAAGGUCCUCCAUCUUAAUGGCAAUAAAUUCCAGGUCCUCCCCGCAGAACUCUGCAAGAUAAACAAACUUGCGGUGCUUGAUGUCGGAAGUAACUCCCUCAAAUACAACAUUUCCAACUGGCCAUAUGACUGGAACUGGAACUGGAACCAUAACCUGAGAUAUCUCAAUUUUUCCGGGAACAAACGAUUUGGAAUCAACCCGUCUAGUGCAUAUACACCAAGUACUGAUGGAACGCCAUCGACAGAUUUAACUGAUUUCAGCUCCCUGAGUUACAUACGUGUUCUCGGUCUGAUGGACGUUACAAUCACUAUACCGACUAUUCCUGAAGAAACUGAAGACAGGCGUGUGCGAACUUCCUCCUCUUUGUCUGGAUGCAUUGCAUAUGGCCUUGCAGAUAGUCUUGGCAAAAAUGAGCAUCUGUCCAUGAUUGAUAUGGUAGUGCCGCGUUUCAGGGGUAGUGACAUGGAAACAAUCAUUGGGCUGUUUGAUGGUCAGCCGUCAAUGGGUGGGGGUUCUAAGAUUGCAAAAUUCUUGCAUGAAAAUUUCACAGCUACAUUUAUGGAGGAACUAGGAAAGCUUCGCAAACAAAAUGGCGAAACACCAGAAGAUGCUUUGCGAAGAACAUUUUUGGCUCUCAAUAAGGAUAUGGCUACCGCUGCUUACAAGCCUGUGGACGAUAAGGAGUCGCGUCACUGGGAUCGAAACCCAACCGCUGCUAAGCUGCUUAACCGUGAGGAUGCCUUUUCAGGCGGUACCGCCACUGUUCUGUACCUGCAGAACAUGGAGCUGUUCGUUGCCAACGUCGGCGACGCCCAAGCCUUGCUAGUUCAAGGUAAUGGACAGUUCAAGUACCUUACGAAGAAUCACGAUCCCGCUGAAGCUUCCGAGCGAGAACGAAUUCGAGAAGCUGGCGGCUAUGUUUCUCGUAAUGGAAAACUAAACGACCAGCUAUCGGUUUCACGAGCAUUUGGGCACUUCCACCUGAUACCUGCUGUUAUCGCAGCUCCUAGCACGGUGAAAGUCACACUCACGUCUCAGGACGAGAUGAUUAUUCUUGCAUCCGGGCAGUUGUGGGAUUAUGUGACACCGAACGUGGUUGUUGAUUUAGCGAGAUACGAACGCGCUGAUUUGAUGAUUGCUUCGCAGAAGAUUCGUGACUUAGCGAUCUCCUAUGGUGCAACAAGCAAGCUUAUGGUCAUGAUUGCUGGUGUCAAUGACCUCAAGCGACGAGAACGCAGCAAGUUCAGGAGCCCCAGCUUAUCAAGACCCUCGCCGCUUAACGAUGAACAUAUGUUCCCUCUCGGCAGGCGCAAAAGGAAAGCUCGUGAUAUCCCUAGUGAUUCUACCCUAGCAAGACUGGGCCAUGUGGAGGCUCCUACGGGUGAACUUGCGAUAGUCUUCACUGAUAUCAAGCAGUCUACUUCUCUCUGGGAGACAUAUCCCCUAGCUAUGAGAUCUGCCAUCCAGAUUCAUAAUGAGUUGUUCCGGCGACAACUGCGACUUAUUGGUGGGUUUGAAGUUAAGACGGAAGGAGAUGCAUUCAUGGUAUCGUUUUCAACUGCCACUGCAGCAUUACUAUGGUGUUUCACUUGCCAGAUGCAACUUCUAGAAGCGCCUUGGCCGACAGAGGUGCUUCAGACACCUUCCUGCCGCGAGACGUAUGAUGACGAUGGUAAUCUUAUUUACAGAGGAUUGUCCGUCAGAAUGGGUAUGCACUGGGGCCGGCCUCUCUGUGAAAAAGAUCCAGUUACGGGACGAAUGGAUUAUUUCGGACCAAUGGUUAACCGUGCUUCUCGAAUCUCGGCAGUGGCCGAUGGCGGACAGAUCUUUGUUUCAGCAGACUUCGUUACUGAGAUGGAGAGGACCCUAGAAGCCUUUGCAGAUUAUGAACGUACCAACUCUGACUCGUCAGAGGAUACGUUUGGAGACGAGGCUUUAGGCCAAGCCACCCGCCGCGAGCUUUAUCAGUUAAGCACGCAGGGUUUUGAAGUGAAGGACCUUGGCGAGCGUAAAUUGAAAGGUCUCGAGAAUCCAGAGUCCGUGUACCUGCUAUACCCACAUGCUCUAUCCGGACGACUUUCUGUCCAACCGGACAUGGUGGCAUCCGGUGAGGCAUCUUCUCCAGGUACAUUAGGCAAAAACUCCAUCUUGAAUAUCGAUGCAGAUAUGUUCUGGCAGCUACUCAAGAUAGCCCUUCGCUUGGAGGCCUUCUGCAGCACUCUUGAGAAUCCUGGUGGAAGCAUGCUACUCGAACCUGAUCUGCAAUUUAUCAAUGCGAUCAAAUCCCGAGGUGACGAGAUCGAUGAUGCUGCCGUCAUGAAACUGCUUGAGCAUCAAGUAGCACGUAUAGAGACCUGCACCAAUACUCUCACCAUCAGAACCAUGAUGCAACCCUUCAAGCCAAACGACACGCUUCUCGACCAUGCUGUGCCUAUGUCAGACAUCCUACAACAGCUCCAAUCUCAACUCGCAGAGUUCAAAGCACUCAAGACUCAGAUGAAUCUCUCUGGUGCUCCCACCACACCCCCACCGAGCGGCUAUUCCCAAGAACUACCUGAAUCAACAAUGUCAUCCGCUCAAUCAUCCGCCAUUAACCUUGCUGCUCCGCCACGCCCAGGCCGAAGAUGA